UCUUUGCCUUCCCAGUUCCCAUCUCGCCGGCCGCCGCACCCUCUUGCCCCUCCUCGCGUAUACUGCUACUGGACAUCCGAACUCGGGCUGAGUUGCUCUCUCCUCGGUAAGGAAGCCCUAACUUGCUUGGAUGGAUUGUUUCAAGAGUUAUUUUUGUUGCGGUUGCAAGAGCAGACAUGGGAGAAGGUGGAGAAGAGAAGUCGUUCAAUUUCCUUCAGGUUUUGUGCGAGGGCAGCAUAGCUGGAGGAACGGCCGGUGUUGUGGUGGAAACAGCCCUGUACCCAAUUGAUACAAUAAAAACCAGGCUUCAGGCUGCUCGAGGUGGAAGCCAAAUUGAAUGGAGAGGCUUGUAUUCUGGAUUAGCUGGAAAUCUCGCUGGUGUUCUCCCGGCUUCUGCAAUAUUUGUGGGAGUAUAUGAACCGACUAAAAGAAAACUAUUGGAGAGACUUCCUGAAAAUUUGAGUGCUAUUGCCCAUUUUACUGCAGGGGCCAUUGGCGGUAUUGCUGCUUCUCUCGUCCGUGUCCCCACAGAGGUAGUCAAACAAAGAAUGCAAACUGGUCAAUUCAAGUCUGCUCCUGAUGCUGUUCGCCUCAUUGUUGCUAAAGAAGGAUUUAAAGGGCUCUAUGCUGGUUAUGGCUCCUUUCUACUUCGAGAUCUGCCGUUUGAUGCCAUUCAGUUCUGCAUAUAUGAGCAGCUUCGAAUUGGUUACAAACUUAUGGCAAAGAGGGAGUUGAAGGAUCCAGAGAAUGCACUUAUUGGUGCUUUUGCUGGCGCCAUUACCGGAGCUAUAACAACACCCCUUGAUGUUUUGAAGACAAGAUUGAUGGUUCAGGGACAGGGAAACCAGUACUCUGGAAUCGUAAGCUGUGCUCAGACAAUUCUGAGAGAGGAAGGCCCUAAGGCAUUCUUGAAGGGCAUUGAGCCACGGGUGCUCUGGAUUGGCAUUGGCGGGUCCAUUUUCUUUGGCGUGUUGGAGAAAACCAAGUCGAUGCUAGAGGAGAGGAGGAAGAACAAACCGCAGGCUCCAGAUGCCAAGUCCGGAGUCAAGGACGAAUGAGUGAAUCAGUUGAUUGAUUUAUGCUGCAUCCUUUUUUCUUUCCUGUAACUAAAUGUUCUACAGAAAAGAUGAACAGAAUAAACAUUUUAACCUCGUUCAUUACAGAGAUUGUUGGUUUGA